UUUUCUAGUUUUCUCACCUUCCAAACACAUUGACGGCUUAACAAGAAACUCCCAUUAAACAGUAAACACCAACUCCGCAGCAGAACUACCAAAAAUGGCGGGAACCCAGUAAACCUCUCAUCUUUGUUUCCAUGCUAAAGCUCUCCUCUACCCUUACAAUCCCCGCUAAACCCAAAAGUCCUCCUUUAUUCUUCUACUUCCCCAGACCAAAACCCCAAAAAGCCCCAACCUUUUUUCUCCCCUUUCUUUUCACUUUUGGAAACAAACGAAAAAUGUCGGCCAAAAUUAUAGCUGAGUAUGCCAAGUCUGGCAGGUCCUCUUGCAAGAAAUGUGGCAAAGCAAUAGCUGCUCAGGCCCUGAGGUUGGGCCUUGUCACCAGAGAUUUAAGAGGCUUUGACAUGACCAAAUGGCAUCACUUGCCUUGCUUCUCUGAAAAGAUCGAUUCUGUGGAUGUAAUUAAGGGCUUUGACUUACUCAAGGGUGUUGAUCAGGAAGCUUUGAAGAAAUUGGCGGAUGAGUCUGAUGAGUUGACGGAGCAGUUGAAGGGAAAAGAUGAGGAUGAAGAAGAAGAAAUGGAAUUGGAGAAAAGUAAUUCAAAGAAAAUUAAGUUGUCAACGCCAGAUGAGAAAGCUGUGAUGGACAUAGCCUUUUCUGUCUCUGAUGUGAAGGAUAAGUAUAAGGAUGCUGCAUUAAAACCAAAAUGGAAGGCAUUCCAAACAAUCAUAUUUCUUGAGCAGGAUGAUGGUCUUCAUGAUUCGGGUAAAAUUGCUGCAUUUGAUUUUGACGGCUGUCUGGCUAAAACAUCUGUUAAAAGAGUAGGGGCAGAUGCUUGGUCCCUUAUGUAUCCUUCAAUACCAGAGAAGCUGCACAGUCUUUAUGAAGAGGGCUAUAAGCUGGUAAUCUUUACAAAUGAAUCCAAUAUUGAGCGCUGGAAGAAUAAAAGACAGCUAGCUGUGGACUCAAAAAUUGGACGUCUCAACAAUUUCAUUAAUCAAGUAAAGGUUCCAAUGCAGGUUUUUAUAGCUUGUGGGUUAGGCGGUAAAGUAGAUGAUCCUUUUCGAAAACCUAAUCCUGGGAUGUGGCACAUUAUGGAGAAACACUUCAACUCUGGCAUUCCAAUUGAUAUCAACCAAUCUUUUUAUGUUGGUGACGCUGCUGGGAGACCCAAUGAUCAUAGUGAUGCUGAUAUAAAAUUUGCACAGGCGGUAGGAUUGAAAUUUUAUGUUCCUGAGGAAUACUUCAGUACUUGAGUGAAUUUUUUAUUGUAGCUCCUGAUGCACAAAGUAGCAACGUUGUUGGCCUGUGGUUCUGUAUUAUUUAUAAGCCAUACUCAUCUUGUCUGAUGUAUCUUUUUAACAGCAAAGUCUGUGCAACACAAAUGUCAUCGGAGAUUAUUAUGCUUUAAAGUAAUUUAUUUUAAGGCC